GAUUCAUAUCUCCGAGGCUGUGGCUUGUGUUCUGGACUCAACUGACUGGGCUGGACAGGGAAGCAGGACCAAUCAGAACUGUAGGCCGUUCGUUCGUGUUUACGUGUCACUGUAGUCGAUCGAUAACAAAAGAUAAAAAUCGACCCCAACUUAAAGCCAUAACAAUUGGCGACGGUAUGGGAUAAAAAUUUUGAACCUUGUAAUUGGACGAGAUUCAGGCUAAUUGUUUCGACCAAUCAGAGUCCAGAUUUAUCAUCAGCGUCCUUGAGCAACAUUUGUCAUUAUUCCUACAGUUAAUUUUCAUUGCUGGUGCAGAAAAGAAAAAAAUGACUACGUUUUCCGGCCAAUUACAGCUUCUGCUUGAGCAACAACAGCAGUGUUUCAAAAAUAGCCAGUUGAAUUUUUUAGAAAAUUUACGCACACUGUUGGUAAAUUUUCCAUGUUUCGGAAAUGCAACAGAAGUUGGUAAGUUCAUUUCUCAUCUGCAGACUGAGCUGGAAAACAACUGCAGAACAUAUGAAGCUGUUUAUAAAAGCCUCUGUGAAUCCCGGACGACCAGUGAUGUAAACGAGAAAGUUAUUCAUGAUCCGCCCAGUUGUCCAGAAAUGUCAAAUUCAGAAACAUUCCCUGUCGUGGGUUCAAAUCCCACUGUUCCUGAGACGUGUACAGACAGUGUUGUACCCAGCUCACAGGAAGAUCUCUCAUUAAAUGCUCAUAAAUUAAUUGCAGUACCCGCCCACAACGGAACAGGGAACAAAUCGUGCAGUACACUGAAUCCAGCUGUUUCAAAUGGUCCUCAUCAUUCAACAACAGGAGAUUCUGACGAAUCUUAUUAUCUAGAUCCUCUUGUACCAGAAAAUGUGUUAGAUGCAUCAAAUGAUGAUCAGAAAUCUAAUACAAUUUUGAUAGAUGUUGAUUAUCUCAGUGAUCAACUGUUUACAAAUGAGAUUUUCAACAAAUCCCAUGAUAAUGUUCCAGAAGAAUCAAACGUUGAUGACCUCAUAUCAAGCGACAUUGAUCCCCACUAUUUAAUCACUUUCAGUGACUUCUCUGUUCAAUCUGACAAUUAUGUGUUAAAUAAAGUCAAAUUAAUUCUAACUUGGGAAUAUGAGGACCCAACAUUAUUUCGUGGGGGAGGAUGAACCCAGAAAAUUUCAAAAUCCGGAUAUCAACUCCGGAUCUUCAAAAAAAGGGGAGGUGUUGUGGAUGCGGAGGAAUAGACCAAUAAUUAUAAUGUUAAGUCCAAUGGUGUCCUUGGACUUUAAAUGGACAUUCCUAUUGGUCGAUAUCUGUUCACUUGUUGAAUAUUGUACAAAAUGUUGUUUUCUAUUCUAUGGUACGAUGUGGUAUGCUUGGUUAGUAUAUAAAUAGGGUAUGUUUGAAAUAUAAUGAUUCAUAUCUCC